AUGCCGACCUUUGUGCAUGGACUGACAUCAGAGAGAAUCUCGUGUGCUUCGAGGUUUGCUCCAUCUGUGCAGAAGGUUGGAGAAGCGAUCAUUGUUCCGUCUCAUGCGUCAUUAGGAGGUUGCAAGGGCAACGUGAUGCCGCAAAGGCUGAGGGCACAGAUGAAGGAUGGCAUGCCGCCGGAGGACAACUCAAGAAACUCCUUGACUAGGGAGAACGAUCAGUUCCAGAUGUUCAAGAGGUUCAAGACCAUGGCUCUCCUCGCCGUCGUCUCUCUCCUGAUCGCCAACUCUCCAGUGCCCUCAAUGGCAGCGGAAGCGCUCUCGCCAGCUGGGGUGUCAGCUUUGCAGGGGAAGCUGUUGGGGUGA